UGUCCAGAACAACCAAGUCUUGGUGGCACAACCUGCCGCUGGCUUGAAUCGCAAUGUAGCUGCUGCACAACAGACUGCACAGGUCUUUGCCAACAACGUGGCCAACGUCAAUGCUGCUGGGAACGUGAACAAUGUGGUCAACGCCAAUGUCCUGGCCGUUGAUAACGGCAACAAGGCUGUGUCUGCCAAUACUAGGGCUGUUGGUAACAUCAACAACGUCCAGCUUCAGUCUGCCAAUGCCAAUGUUCAAGCGGCUGGCAAUGUCAACAACAUCAAUGCCAAUGCCAAUCGCAAUGCCAAUGCGAAAGCUGCAAGCAACGUGGUCAACGCCAAUGUGCAAGCUACUGGCAAUGUCGACAACGUGGCCAACGCCAACAAUCAAGCUGCUAGCAACGUGAACAACGCAGUCAAUGCCAAUGUCCAAGCUGUCAACAAUGUCAACAACGCCGACGCAGAUGCAGUCGUCAAUGCUGCUGCUCUCGCAGCAGUUCAAGCCAACAACGUCAACGUUAAUUCCAAUGCCGUGGGCAUCCAAGCAACACAGAAUGCUGCAAUCAACAAUGCCAUCAGUCUCGCCCAAGCUGGUGCCGUUGGUGGCAGGCUGACCAAUGCCCAACAGCGGCAAUUGCGCGAAGCGAUUGAUGACAUUGGUGAUGAAUCGCGAGCAGCGCUCAUGCAACAACAGCGCAAUCAGAAUGCUGCCGAGAGGGAUCUGAGGCGUAUUGUCAAUGGACUGGACAAGCGUGGCAUUCUGGACUCAUUGCAAACACUACUGGGCGGCUUGACUCAAAAUAUCGGUGCUGGUGUUAAUGCGCUCGGCGCGCUCGGCGAUGUCGGCAAUGUUCUUGCUGUCAAUAAUGCAGGGCUUGC